AACCUCUGGAAGUGUCCUUCUUCGUCUUCACCCUCAAUUUGUGUCUCUGAAAGUGUCCAUCUUCGUCUUCACCCUCAAUUUGUGUCUCUGGAAGUGUCCAUCUUCGUCUUCACCCUUGAGGGCUAUGAUGUCUUGAAAAGGAUUUCUGAUGUAAUUAGCCAGUCUAACAGAACACUGCUUGAAGAUUUGAGCAGUAAAUUCUAUACAGUCAUUCCUCAUGAUUUUGGCUUCAAGAAGAUGCGUGAAUUUGUCAUCGACACCCCUCAGAAGUUAAAACGCAAAAUUGAAAUGGUCGAAGCUCUUGCUGAAAUUGAAGUAGCAACUAAGUUAUUGGAGGAUAACACAAAAAUACAGGAGGAUCCCUUGUAUUAUCAAUAUGAACAACUUCGUUGCAAACUUAUUCCAGUUGAAAUUGGUUCCCAGGAAUUUCAAAUGAUUGAGAACUACAUGAAGAACACUCAUGCAAAAACACAUUCUGGUUAUGCUGCCAAUAUUGUUCAAGUAUUUAGGGCGUCAAGAGAAGGUGAAACUGAAAGAUUCCAGAAGUUCUUUGAUACAAGUAAUAGGAUGCUUUUAUGGCAUGGUUCUCGGCUCACAAACUGGGCUGGCAUUCUUUCACAGGGUUUACAAAUUGCUCCUCCAGAAGCACCUUCGACAGGGUACAUGUUUGGGAAAGGUGUUUAUUUUGCUGAUAUGUUCUCCAAAAGUGCAAAUUAUUGCUUUGCUUCCUCUUCUGCUAGGGAUGGUGUGCUUCUGUUGUGUGAGGUUGCGCUCGGUGACAUGAAUGAGCUGCUGUCAGCCAACUGCAAUGCUGAUAAGUUGCCUUCGGGAAAGCUAAGCACUAAAGGAGUCGGUGCCACGGCCCCAGAUUUUGAAAAAGCUCAAGUACUUGAAGAUGGUGUAAUUGUUCCUUUGGGGAAUCCUAAGGAGCAGCCAAACAGCAAGAUUAGCGCUCUUAAGGAGAACAUUGGAAUUACCCUUCUGUUGAAAAUAUGCCCCAUCUUAUGUUUUUUCAAGCUGCUGGAGUUGAGACACUUUGAUGCUGGUUAACACGCAGAUGCAAUUUCUACAGCCAACUACAGCUGCUUGAAUCCAGAUUGUAGUCCCUUACACGAAGAACAUCAAAAAUUUCACAGCUUCUCUCUUUCUAACAAACUUGGCAAUGUAAUAGUAUAACUUUGUUCCGCACAAUACGAAGCAUAUUAUCUUUAUAUAAAGCAUAUUUAACUUGA